AUGAUUCGCACCUCUUUCCUUCGUGCCAGCCGGACUGUUGCCCCUCGUAUGGCUAUGCGCAUGCCUAUGUGCGCCCGCUUCCAGAGCACCAUCCCUCGCGGUGAUAUUGAGAACCGUGUUCUUUCUGUUUUCAAGACCUACACCCAGGGCUCUGACAAGCUGUCUGCGACCUCGACUUUCCAGGACCUUGGCCUCGACAGCCUCGACGCUGUUGAGCUGAUGGUCGCUGUUGAGGAGGAGUUUGGUAUUGAGAUUCCUGAGAAGGAAUCCGACGAGAUUCGCUCUGUCAAGGACGCUGUUGACUACAUUGCCGCCCAGUCUGAGGCCCGCUAA